AUGCACGAACUGAUCAAGUGGACGUUGUUUUGUCUUCUUGUCUGCUGUCCCACUACAAAUGCCUGGUGGUUAGUUUGUUUUCUCUUUUUUGCCAGUGAUCAUUAGGAUUUCCUCAUCUGACAUGAUUUCGUUCGUUACUCUUGUGCUUUCAUUCAUUUCCAACAGUUUCUCAGCUUUCCCGUUCCCAGACAAAUCCGUCUGUUUGCAAACUGUUGCCCUCAUAAAGACGGGGUCGUCGUAGAGCGGUGAGAACUCGGUUCCAAAGGACCUUCUGCCAGCAGUGUAUCGUAAAAGUGUGUUGCGCGGAGGGCAUCUGAAUUGUUUGGCAACACACGCCAGUAAUCCUUCUGUCGACCGCCCGUACGGGACCAUUUACCCUCUUUUUGAUGAAAUUGCCGCCGCCGUUGCCGAUUUUAUGAGCAAUAAGCUAUAAAAUUGGGUGGAUGAGAAGGACGAAGGUCCGGCGGAAGCGACAAUCUGACUAAACGAGAAGGGGAAUCGGAGAAGCGUUGAUAAAAACUGAACGACAAUUACAGGCUGCUCUCAAAAGCGGACACUUCCUCUCCGAACUCGGCGAACUCGCCGAUUCUCUGCAAAAAUGUGCCCGGAUUGACGCCCCAACAGAAGCGAAUGUGCCACGAAAACCCGCACGUCAUCAAGUUUCUGGUAAGAACUUCAGAAAGAGCUGAACGAAAUCAAAUGGUUUUGCAGAUAUCUGGCCUCCGAAGCGCUCUGCACACUUGCGAGAACACUUUCCAGCGAGAAGCGUGGAAUUGCACACUGACAGUGCCCGGAAUAGGAACUUCGCCUCUUCAAAGUGCGUUUUCCGUUUAUGCAUUUCCGUCCAGAACACCUGCAUCUUUUGUUCCUACAAAUAUUUUUUUCAGUCGCCUCCCGUGAAUCAGCCUAUGUGUACGCGAUUUCGGCGGCCGGAGUGUCGCACGCCCUGGCUCGCGCCUGUUCAAAGGUAACCGAAUGACUCACUCGUCCCGAGAAUGGCGGCAUUGAUUGCCGUUCCCCUCUCUUUUUCUCUAACCUUUUCCCGUUCUUUUAGGGUCUAAUCGACGACUGCGGAUGCGGAGAAACACCUCAAGGGGGCGAUCAGGAAGCAUCCUCCCGCUCUCCGAGUGAUUUCGUUUGGGCUGGAUGCUCGGACAAUGUCAAGUUCGGAAACGCUUUCGGUCGCAAAUUUGUCGAUCAGUACGACAGACAGCACGCGACGGAGCCCCGUUCCCAGAUGAAUCUGCACAAUAACCGAGUCGGUCGUCGUCUUCUCGUCACUGCCAUGAACAGAGAGUGCAAGUGUCACGGAGUCUCUGGCAGUUGUGUGACCAAGACGUGCUGGAAGGUGAUGCCGAAGUUCGACGAGUUCGCCGUCCGCCUCUACGACAAGUACCAGCUGGCCAAGCAGGUGACGACGAGCGACAAGAAGCUGUUCGUCAGAAGCACUCCCGUGUCGAACGGAAGAACAGAACGACUUGCAAAGACGAUCGAUGCCUCUUCUAAGGUAAGUCCGAACCAAGGCCAGAACAUUUCUGAAAUGCCUGUUCAGCAAAUGCGCAACGAACUCGUUUAUUUGGAUCCAUCUCCUAAUUACUGCGCGAUCGACGUCAAGGACCGUGAAUGCGGAGACAACUGCGCGAACAUAUGCUGCGGCCGAGGCUGGAAAACGAGUCGCGAAAUCGUCGACGAGCCGUGCCACUGCCAGUUUGUGUGGUGCUGUGAAGUGAAGUGCAAGACAUGCAAGAAGCUGGUCGAACGAAACUUCUGUCUUUGA